AUGUUUCGGCGAUUCUCCAGUGCGCAAAAACACUUGGAACGUCAGGUUGAUGUAGCGAUUGUUGGUGGAGGUCCAGUGGGAAAUGCCUUGGCUGUUUCUAUAUGUAAGACAUGAGUUUUCAGUGUAAUAUUCUGAAAGAUUGUCUUUAAAGCUUACUUAGUUAAAAUAGUUCACAUUUAAUAUUUAAAUAUGACUAAUAUUAUUAUUCUUCUCAAGUAUAUCAGAGUGUUGUUUAGCGAAGAACAAAUGGUUGAAAGAUAAGAAGGUUGUUGUUCUUGAGGCAGGAAACCCACAAAGAUUGGCUACGGCACCAGCGCAUUACAGUAACCGAGUUUUUGCUUGUAAUCCAGCGUCAGUUCGAAUGUUUCAUGGUAUGUUCUUGUUGUUAAUGUGUUGUAUGUUUAGAAUUGGGAAUAUGGGAGACGUUGAAGAACUAUAGAGUGAAGGAAGUUGGAGGAUUAUACGUUUUGGAUGCUUGUUCUCAAUCUAAGGUUCAAUUUACACCAAGGAUUGGGGAGAAUAAUGUCAGUCAUCUGAUCGAAGACGAGGCGAUUACUAAAGCUUUGUAUGGAAAGAUAUUGGAUGAUUGUUCGAACGUAGACUUUAUGACAAAGAUAAGAGUAAAUGAAUGCAGGUAAUCAGUUUGGUCAAUUUAGGUAAUAUUGUUUUAGACUGCCAGAAGACUUGAGAGAUCCAGUAGAACUGCAAUUGUCAGAUGGAUCUGUUAUCAGAUCACUUCUUGUGGUAUGUUGUUUGUAAUCUUAUGACAUGUAUUGACUUAAACAAUCUUUUGUUCUUCUUUUAAACUAAACUAUUGUUACAGGUUGGUGCGGAUGGUGCUAGAAGUGGUGUCAGAGCUGCGAUGGGAGUAAAUACAACAUCUUUUGACUAUGAUCAGAUGGCUAUUGUGUGUACAUUGGAAGUUCAAACAGUAAGCUUUAUAUUCUUUAAAAUUUUAGGAGAAGAUACGAAGUAAGAUAUGAAGGAUGGAGGAUAUAAAACUAUAUUUAUUUACAUACACAGUAAAUUAAUUGAUUAGCAAAAUAAAACUAUUUGAUUAUUUCUUUUAAAUUGAAUUUUUUACAGAACGGUGUGAAUGACAUUGCAUGGCAAAGGUUUACUCCUCUAGGGCCAAUAGCUUUGUUGCCAUUAACAAACACACUGUCGUCUCUUGUUUGGACUUCUAAAUCAAAUGACGCUAAAAGGCUCUUAUCACUAGGACCAGAAGAGUUUGUGGAUGAGUUGAAUCACUACUUGGUACGUUUAUAUUAUACAUUGUUUGGUAGCUUUAUGUUUUAGGUAUACUUUGUUUUCAUACUUUUAUACGUUUUAGGAAAGUCGAAAACUUUAUUUUUUGUAGCAAUUAAAUAAAUUAACGAACGUUAUAUGAUUUUAGUUCACGAACAACCAACAAAGUGAUUUGGCCAAUAAUGCGUUGAACCUAAUGGACAAAGCGGCUCAGUUCUUGAAGUUUGGAGAACCUGAGAGUCUAAAAGUACCACCAACAGUGAAAAAGCUUUUGGUCGAUUCCAGAGCGUCUUUUCCUUUAGGAUUUGCACAUUCACAUACUUAUGUCAAGACACGAGCGGCUUUGAUUGGGUACGAUUUUCGAAUUAUUUUUUAAAAAUUUUGGGGCUCAUCCAGAACAGCCCCCCCAUUCCGUUUCACACCCCCCAACCGCCAGUUCGCACCCCCAGUGAAACCCCCAAUCUCCAACUCCAGGUCAACCCGACUUGGCCGAACCAUAUCGGCAAUGUCCGGAGUUGAAUGUUGAGGGUCGCGCGAGAGAGUGCUGGUCUACUGACUGGCCAGGGCGGUGAACGGAGGAGCAGAAUGAAGAAUUUGCAAAAUCUGCUGCCUUUUAUACCCAUUUUCAUUGAUUUCGUAAAGGUCAAUUUAAAAAAUGAAUAAUUUUUUACUUUUUACGUGCCGAUUGUAAAUUUCAUUUUCUGGGGGUGUGAAAUACAAUGGUGGGGGUGCGAUCUACAAUGGGUGGGGGUGCGAUCUACAGUGGGUGGGGGGUGCGAUCUACAGUGGGUGGAAGUGCGAUCUACAGUGGGUGGGGUGCGAUCUACAGUGGGUGGGGGUGCGAUCUACAGUGGGUGGAAGUGCGAUCUACAGUGGGUGGGGGUGCGAUCUACAGUGGGUGGGGGUGCGAUCUACAGUGGGUGGGGGUGCGAUCUACAGUGGGUGGGGGUGCGAUCUACAGUGGGUGGGGGCAGGGACGUCGCUACGGUUUUUCUCUGGGGGGAGGUCGAAAAAAAUUUUUUUUGGUCCACAGGUAGAGCUACCUGUGGACCGAUUUUUCAAAAAAAUUUUUUUUUCGUUUUUUCCGCGUACAGGUACCUACCUGUGGAUUUUUUUUUCGGAUCGGCUUUGGGGGGGGAGUCACCCCGAACCACUCCCCCCCUAAACGACGUCUCUCUGGGUGGGGGUGCUAUCUACAGUGGGUAGGGUGUUAUCUACAGCGUAGGGGGUGUAAACUACUUUGAUGGGGGUGCGAAGUAAAAUGGAACCAUUAGUUCUUGAAAUUUAUGUGAAAAAUCGCAAGAGAAAAAAAAAGAAACUUUUAAUUUGCUUUUUGAAAAUGAAUUUUGGGGGUAUGUUCUGGUUGACAUCGGUGGGGGGUUGAAAUGGUAUGGGUAGGGGGGCUAUUCUGGAUGAGCGCCAAAAUUUUUUGUUUUUAAUUGCAUGUACUUUUUUACAAUAUAACAAUGAUACAUAUCGCUACAUUUUUAGCGACGCAGCUCAUCGUGUACAUCCAUUAGCUGGCCAGGGGGUGAACCUAGGUUGGUCUGAUGUUAAAGUACUCACGAACACAUUAGAAAAGGCUAUCAGGGAGGGAUCUGAUAUUGGAUCGCUUACCUACUUAUCAGAGUACGAUGCUCAAAGUCAGCGACACAACCUACCUGUUAUGGUAUCUGUAGAUUGGUUGAAUCGACUAUAUAGGACAUCGUUUGCACCUUUGGUGAUGGCUAGAUCACUAGGAUUACAUGUUGUGGACAAGAUUGGACAUUUGAAGGUUAGUUUUGUUGUAUAUUUAUAUCUCGUUUUGUAGCAUAGAACUUUUAAAGAAUGCUGUUUAAAGUUGUUGUUCAUGUAUAAGAUUGUUUUCAGGACUUUAUUGUAUCACGCGCAUCACAUUAG